UGUCAGCGUGCCUGUGUGUCUAUGCGCGUGUGUGUCAGCGUGCCCAUGUGCCUGUGUGUGUGUGUUUUCCUGUGUGUGCUGCCUCAGUCCCUGCCUCUCCGUGCCUGGUGUCUCUUUAAAAAGUCAGCUUGCUUCUUGUAUAUGUGUGGGUGGGCAAGGUCGCUACUGAAAGAAUGUGAUUUUCAAUUAAAGAAUGGUGAGAGAGAAAGGAAGGUGGGGGGAAGGAAGAGAGGGGCUGGGAACAGCAAGCCAUUGCAGAGAGCGCUGAGCUCACACGCAGGAGGGAUUUCGCCGUCUCAACACUCAACAGUAGGUGGCUCUCUUCCCACUGGACCCGAAUUUCCAAACUUGCUGCUCUUCCUUUGGAUGAGACUUUAAAGGGACUCUAAACUCAGAGGUGUCUGCUCGCGCCACAGCCCCACGGCCAGAAGAUGCCCCUCAUCACAGAGCACGGGAAGACGAUGGAGGACAUCUCUGCUGUUUACGACCUGAAGGAGAAGCUGGGGGAAGGCUCCUUCUCAGAGGUGCGGCUGGCUCAGGACAAGAGCUCUCAGAAGCUGGUGGCCAUCAAGUGCAUCCAGAAGAGGGCGCUAAAGGGCAAGGAAGCUAUGCUGGAGAAUGAGAUCGCGGUGCUGCGCAAAAUCCAGCACGGGAACAUCGUGGCCCUGGAGGACAUCUUCGAGACGCCCUCCCAGCUGUACCUGGUCAUGACUCUGGUUACUGGGGGAGAGCUGCUGGACCGAAUCCUGGAGAGAGGGAUGUACACCGAGAGAGAUGCCAGCCACGUCAUUCGGCAGGUGCUGGACGCAGUGCAGUACCUCCAUGAGCUGGGCAUCGUGCACAGGGAUCUCAAGCCAGAGAACCUGCUGUAUGACACCCCCUUCGAGGACUCCAAGAUCGUCAUCAGCGAUUUCGGCCUCUCCAAGAUGGAGGAGCAGGGAGCACUGUCCACAGCCUGUGGGACCCCAGCCUACGUGGCUCCUGAGCUGCUGGAGCAGAAGACCUACGGGAAGGAAGUGGACCUGUGGGCGGUCGGGGUCAUCUCCUAUAUCCUGCUCUGUGGCUACCCUCCCUUUUACGACGAGAAUGACACCAAGCUCUACCAGCAGAUUGUGAAGGCGGAGUACGAGUUCGACUCCCCCUACUGGGACGAUAUUUCAGAAUCAGCCAAAGACUUCAUCUCGCACCUGCUGCAGAGAGACCCCGAGAAGCGCUUCACCUGUGAGCAGGCACUGAGGCACCCAUGGAUCUCCGGCAGCGCGGCUCUGGAGAAGAACAUCCACGAGUCCGUCAGCGAGCAGAUCCAGAAGAACUUUGCCAGGAGCCAGUGGAAGAGAGCCUUCCACGCCACGGCUGUGGUGCGUCAUCUGAGCAAGAAGACCCAGGCUGCGGGGGAGGAUGUCGAAGAUGCUGUCUCGGGGGAAGCAGACACAAGCUAGAGCUGUGGAGGAGGAUGGCCUGAACACUGCCCUGUGCGCUUUCGCUAUGUGCUGCAUGCAAUUCCCUUCUGUUGGCCUCAUGGAUGCCAAGAGCCGUGUAUAAAAACAUUACACAUCUGUUAGGAAAGGAAGAGUGGGUACUGGGGGCGGAGCUGCAUGCUGCUGCAUUUGAAAAACAGAUUUCACUGUGUUGUACAGCGUGUACUGUCCUAGUGUGCACGUGUCUCUGUGUGUGCAUGCUUGUGUGUUUCUGUACAUGCCUGUUUGAUUAUGUGCAGCUAAAUUUUUGUGUCUCUGGGUAUGUAAAUGUACAGUAUGUGUGCAUGUGGGUGUACAUGCAUGUUUGUGUAUGAAAGAAUAUGCAUAUAUAUGAGUACUGUAUGUACAAGGAUAUUUAAGUGCACGAGAAUUUAUGAGUGUAUACAUGCAUUUUAGUGUGUGAGAGAAUAUGUAUAUACUGUAUAUGAGUGUGUAAAAGGAUACAAGGAUAUUUAUGAGUUUGUGUGAUUUUAUGGAUGUGUACAUGCAUGUUUUUUGUGUGUGAGUACAUGCAUGUGUGAGUGAAUGUGUGCACGCGUGUGUACUUGCAUACUUAUGUGUACACAUAUGUGUGAGGGCAUGGUUGUGUGUGUACAUGUAUGUACGAGUGUGUAUAUGUCCAUGUUUGUGUGCUUUUGUGUCUAUGUGUGAGUGUU